UUGGGAAAAAAAUACUUAGAUUCUCUUUGUGCUUGUUGUUGUUGCAGUUGCAGGACCAGUAACAGGAAAAGCCUCAUCCUUACCAGUACAUCCCCCACCUUGCCGAGGCCGCACUCUCCUCUACCUGGACAUAUAGGAAGCAGUCCCCUGGACAGCCCACGGAACUUCUCCCCUAGCGGCCCUGCCCACUUCUCCUUUGCUUCGUCUCGAAGGGCUGAUGGUCGAAGAUGGUCUUUGGCCUCUCUGCCCUCCUCAGGCUAUGGGACCAACACACCCAGCUCAACAUCAUCCAGCUCGUCUCAGGAGCGUCUGCACCAGCUGCCCUUCCAGCCGACCAUGGAUGAGCUGCACUUCCUGUCCAAGCACUUUGGCAGCACAGAAAGCAUCACAGACGAUGAUGGAGGGCGACGCUCGCCACAUGUCCGCCCUCGCUCUCGAAGCCUCAGCCCGGGGCGCUCUCCAUCCUGCUAUGACAAUGAAAUAGUAAUGAUGAACCAUGUCUACAAGGAGCGCUUCCCCAAGGCCACAGCUCAGAUGGAGGAGAGGCUGGCAGAGUUUAUCCAGAGCUACACCCCAGAGAGUGUUCUGCCCCUGGCUGACGGGGUCCUCAGCUUCAUCCACCACCAGAUAGCCGAGCUAUCCAGAGACUGUCUGACCAAAUCCCGCGAGGGCCUCAUUACCACCGUUUACUUCUGCGAACUGCAGGAGAACCUGGAGAAGCUGCUUCACGACGCAUAUAAGCGCUCAGAGAGUUCCGAGCUCACGUUUGUCACAGAGCUUGUCAAAAAGCUAUUCAUCAUAAUAUCUCGACCGGCCAGGCUGCUGGAGUGUCUGGAGUUCAACCCAGAAGAGUUUUACCACCUGCUAGAAGCUGCAGAGGACCACGCCAAAGAGGGACAACUGAUGAAAGCAGACAUUCCUCGAUACAUCAUCAGUCAGUUGGGCCUGACCAGAGACCCACUGGAAGACAUUAACACUCUUGAAAGUUAUGACAGCGAAGGUCCACAUACUCCAGAAACGGAUGACUCCGCAGAGGGGAAAGGGAGAUCCAUCAAGCCGCCCAGUGAGGAAGACUUUCAGACCAUCAAACUGAUCAGCAAUGGAGCUUAUGGUCUGCUUAUCACCUCCAUGGGACAUAUCAAACUCACAGACUUUGGUUUGUCAAAGAUGGGUCUAAUGAGCCUGACCACCAACAUUUAUGAAGGACACAUAGAGAAAGAUGCCAGGGAGUUCCUGGACAAACAGGUCUGCGGGACACCAGAGUACAUCGCACCAGAGGUGAUUCUCCGUCAAGGCUAUGGGAAGCCUGUGGACUGGUGGGCCAUGGGCAUUAUCCUCUAUGAGUUCCUUGUGGGCUGUGUGCCUUUCUUUGGAGAUACUCCAGAGGAGCUAUUUGGCCAAGUUAUCACAGAUGACAUCGUUUGGCCUGAUGGGGACGAGGCUUUGCCUGCAGAUGCCCAGGCCCUCAUCUCUGCUCUACUGCAGACCAACCCCCUUGUACGGCUGGGCACAGGUGGAGCGUUUGAAGUCAAGCAGCACUCUUUCUUCACCGAACUUGACUGGAACAGUUUGCUGAGGCAGAAAGCAGAGUUCAUCCCUCACCUUGAGUCCGAGGAGGACACCAGCUACUUUGAUACCCGCUCAGAUCGUUACCGCCACAUCAACACGUACGACGAGGACGACACCAACGACGAUGAGCCGGUGGAGAUCAGGCAGUUCUCCUCCUGCUCCCCCCGCUUUAGCAAGGUGUACAGCAGCAUGGAGCAUCUUUCUCAGCUGGAGCAGAAAGCAACAACGUCGGUGUCCCGCCGCGAGCACAAGGGUCCACGUGAGGACAAGGUGACCAAGAGGGAGAGCCUGGGCAGCUUGAGGGACAAAAGUUGGAGGACAGGAUCCCCGGAGAUGAAGCGCCUGUCUUGUUCAGAAUCUCUCUACUCAGAAGGGGACGCGAGCCCUCCUCUUGGCGCCAGACGCCGCUUUUCGGCUUUAAUGGACACGCAUCGAUUUGCAUCGGCUCUCGAAGGCGAGCCGGAUUUUCUGACCCGCCAGAACCCGAUGAAGGUCCGAGGAACCUCGCUGGAUGGGACCACGAUCCCGUCACCGAGUCUGCUGGAGCAGAGGGCCAGCUUAAAGGAGGUCAACGGAGCAGACAAAUCUCCUAAACCAGGGGAAACUCCCGGUGUAACUUCAGGCGUCGGCACGUUAUCCCCAGGUCUAUCAGCAACCGGUCGGGAUGUGAUGACUCCUUUGUAUGACCCUCUGGGGCCCCGAGCCACAAAUGACCUGGUCCUCCGUCGGGCGCGUCACCAUCAUUUGUCAGGUGACGGAGAGAAGCGGAACUCCAGACAAGGCAACAAAGUCAUCAAAUCGGCAUCAGCCACGGCUCUGUCUGUUAUCAUACCAUCAGUGGAGCAACAUGGCGGAUUCUCACCACUGGCCAGCCCCAUGUCGCCCCACUCUUUCUCCUCUAACCCCUCAUCGCGUGACUCCUCACCCAGCAGAGACUUCUUCCCUGCUGUCAGUGUGCUGCGCUCCCCAAUCACAAUCCAUCGGUCCGGAAAGAAAUAUGGCUUUACUCUACGGGCCAUCAGGGUCUACAUUGGAGACAGUGAUAUCUACAGUGUCCAUCACAUUGUCUGGCAUGUGGAGGAGGGCGGCCCUGCCCAGGAAGCUGGCCUUUGCGCUGGUGACCUCAUCACACACGUCAAUGGAGAGGCCGUCCAUGGUCUGGUCCACACUGAAGUGGUCGAGCUCAUCCUCAAGAGUGGCAACAAAGUGACUGUGACAACCACCCCUUUCGAGAACACCUCCAUUAAAGUGGGUCCCGCCCGUAAGGCCAGCUACAAGUGUAAGAUGGCCCGUAGAAAUAAGCGCACAAUGGUCAAGGAGGGCCAGGACAGUAAGAAACGCAGCUCCCUGUUCCGUAAGAUCACAAAACAGUCCAACCUCCUCCACACCAGUCGCAGUCUUUCCUCUUUGAAUCGCUCUCUGUCCUCUAGUGAGAGUCUUCCUGGCUCCCCAACUCACAGCCUGUCUGCCCGCUCCCCAACACAGGGCUAUCGCAACAACCCUGAGCCCUCCUACCUGGGUAUGGUGCUGGAAAGAAGAAAAUCUAGUCUAAAUAGUGCUUCUUCCCAGAGCAGCUCUCCAGCUUCCAGCACUCCAAACUCCCCUUCCCCCUCUCAGCACAUGAGGCCCAGCUCCCUGCACGGCCUGUCGCCGAAACUCCACCGUCAGUAUCGAUCGGCCCGUUGCAAGUCUGCCGGUAACAUCCCGCUGUCCCCGCUGGCCCACACGCCAUCCCCGACCCAAUCUUCCCCUCCGCCCUUACCCGGCCACACGGUGGGGAGCUCCAACACCACCCAGUCCUUCCCUGUCAAGCUCCACUCGUCCCCCCCGGUCGUCCGCCCGAGGCCGAAGAGCGCCGAGCCUCCCCGUUCGCCUCUCCUCAAACGAGUGCAGUCGGCGGAGAAGCUGGGCUCCCCUCUGACCCAGUCCAGUUCUACGGGAGGACUCGGGGGUCAGCUGAGGAAGCACAGCCUGGAGGUGCAGCACUCCGAGUACCGCAAGGACGCCUUCCUCUGUGAGCUCGGGCUACAGAGCCUGCUGGAAACAGACGGAGAAAAUUUGCCUCCCAAUCCUCCCCCCUUGCCCUUACCCUCGACCUCACCAGAGACUGGUGUCCUGAAGCCUGUGAGGAGACUCGGGAGACAGGAGUCUCCACUCAGCAGGGAAACCCUGCUGGCAGGAAGAGAGAGGGAAGAAAGGGAGAGGGGGAGGGACCCUGAGAAAGAGAGGGAGGUUGGAAUGAGUAGAGGAACAGGAUCGCAGUCAUUCUUAGCAAGAAAGCUUCAUUCAACUGAGGUUAACUUGAACUCGCAAAGCUCCAAACUGGGUACACAAACCACUAGAUCUCUAACCCCUAGCACGCCUAUCAAAAGCUCUGGACAGAAGGAGCCAGAGAAGACACAGAAUCAGACAGACUCGCAGACAAAGCAGCUACAAGCCAACCAAACCAAAAGCGUGUUAGCUAACAGGAAAGAUCCCCAAGAGCAGAAGCCGGGAGGCAUCCCUGAGCCAAAGCAGGAUGGAGACAACAAAAGUAGGUCUGGUUUACCGACCGCUGCCUUCGGUAAGAGUCCUUCUGCAGCAGUGACCGGAGCUACUUUGAACAUGAACAAAACGAUUAAAUCGUCGGGAAUGGGGGACAGCCUGAAAAAGGCCGAAAGCAAUGAUUCGAGAACUCCAGAGCUCGGCUCCAAAAGCCCCAAACUUCCAGCUCGGAUCCUGGCUCCCGUGGUUCCGUCCCACGGGCAGCCGCUCUCGCUAGGCAAAGUGAGGCAGGGACUGGGCCCCGUCAACUGCUACCGGGGGACACUCGACUGGGAGGACAAAUGUCGCCUGGAGGUGGUGGAGGAACAUUCCCCCUCUCCCUCCCCCUCCCCGACAGCCGUGACCCCCUCCCUCUGCGGACCCUCCCUCUGUAAGUCGCGGCCCGUCUCCCCGGGCGACAAGACGAGCUUCGUCAGCCAGCUUACCACCGUGGCCAAAAACGUGCUCGGCCCGAUCAAGCUCGGCUCUCAGGAAGGCGCCAGGAGCAAAGAGCAGCAGACUAAGGUCCUGGAGGAGAAGCAGGGGGGCGCUGUGGGAAAGUCUGAAUCUCCUGCGGGGGCUCGAGCGAUUGCCGGUGCCGCCGUGGUCACCCAAAGUCCAGCCGGCUCGCCACUCGAGAAAGCUGCAGCAGUCGGCAGCCUGCCGAAAAUGUGACCCCAAGGGGUCCUUAAAUCUGACUUUAGUAGAAAACGAGGGGAAAACUUUUUGGGAGGAUAAACUACAAAACAGAGGACAAGCACUUAAAAACGAUGUACAUUCCAGUUUCAGAGUCUAUGAGGUGUUAUUUAUCAAUUCCAAUCCCUAACUGAUUCAAACUAAAAACAAAGAUAAAAAAAAAACUAUAAAGGUGCAUUAACUGUUGAUUUUUCUAUUUUGAAUUAUUUAUUAAGAGGACUCUUUAUGAUGUAAUGUGAAACACUAUCAGAUGUUUAUGUGUGGGUCAAUGUGAAUGCAUGUCGUACAGUAUGUACUUUACAUUUGUAAUAGGUACAAGAGGAUGAAAAAGUGCUUUACUGAUCAAAACAUGCUGAAUACUGUGAAUACCAAAUCUAGCCACUAUUUUUGACCAGGCCUUUUUUUUUUCUUUUUAGUUGUUUUGUUAGUUUUUUCCACCGCUGGAGAGUAAAAGAGUCCAGUUGUCAUCAAGCAAAAACACUUUACACAAACCAACACUUUGGCCGCAGUGCAACAGGAGAAAGACGAUUAAGCUUUUUUUUACUCAUUAUCCAGCAGUUUACUGCUUCGGAUUAUACAGUCAGCCGUCGCCAUAGCAGGCAGUCCGUCAGGUGAUGUCACAUUCAGACCUGUCUAGCUCAGCUCAUCAUGGGGGAUUGUGUGUAAAGUGUGUGUUUCCACCACUUUGAGUCUGUUUCCUGAUGGUUCUUGAAGGCUGCACCGGGCUGCGGAGACAGCUGAGCUCAGGCUGAGCACUUAUCUCCACCUAGCAGGAUGGCCGCCUCAGCCCCCUUCCUCCGUCACGGGUACGCACGUUCAUAAACACGGGAGGCAGCCGAGUCAGCAGCUGAUUGCCGUGCGUUUAAAUCCUUACCCCCUGUUGUAGUCCAUUAGUCGGGACACAAAUAUGUUAAGGCGAUUGUGAGCAUGUGUGUGUCUUUUUGGUGGACCGUUACUCUUAGUCACAGGUCAUGAUAUAAACAGGAAGGGAGCCUUUUGAUAAACACACCGAACUGGCACAAAGAAGAUGGCCCAGCAUGAGUAUGGUGUGUGAAGCCAUUACAUCAUGUUGUAAGCACAGAUACAGUAAUCUGGGGUGUUGUUUUUAGCCCAAACAGAGACAGCUGGCAGUUGUGGAUGUAGCAUACCAUUAUUUAUUUGUACAAGGUUUCUGUAGCCAAGAUGGACCUGUAUGUAUAAAGAAAAAGAAUCAUCAGUGGUAUAAUCAGAAUGACUGUUAGGUUAGCUACAGUAGGUAGUACAGAGUGAUACAUGUACAGUAAUGCUCAUUGUAAUAAUAUGAUAAAGACAAUUCAAUCAGUAACUUCAUUAAUAGUCCUGAAAAACUAUCUACAGCGUAUCUUCCUCUCAUUGGUUAUCAUCACUUCCUUAUAGUUUGUAACCAUAAAUGUACAUAAUCUUAUGCAAAUUAUUUAGAGCUGUGUGAAUGUGGACAUGUUUAGAAAGCUUAAUGAUAUAAAGUCACUGUGUGUAACACUAACAUAUAUCAGACGAAACAUUGAUUAUCCAUCCACCCAUCUUUUUUUUAUAAUUGUUUCAUCAGAUUACUUACUUCAUAAUGCAAAAGCAAAGCAUGAGGUGAGAAUUGGUCUCUUUAAAGAAGCAAAAUUACAUAGUGGAUGAAUUUUCAAGCUAGGCAAAGAAAGAAUACUCAGAUAACACCUUUCCCAGUUGGGAGUUGCAGAUGAGAAAUUAGGUCUCGAUGUUAUUAUAAGCUUGUUUUUCUUAUCCAUGAGUAAUCUAGCCAACUGAUGCAGGUGCAAUUUGUUACAUCUCCAACAUCAACCGUAGAUAUCAGUAUUUGUUACAUACUGUUCUUUAAUUUCUGGAUACUUACAUGCAUUGUAACGUUUCACUUCCUGCAAAUGAUAAGAUUCAUUUUAGAUUUGUCCAGGUUUCACUGAUGCAAAACAGGAUCCAUCAGAAGAGGAAUUUGACAUUAAAGAAGAAGACUGAAGUGUUCUUCUAAGUCCAAAAAGUGUCCGAAAGUAGUUCAGUCUGUGCAGGACAUACCUCCGUCUUAGUGUUUUGUUCUUGAAGAUCAGGUCCUGUCAUUUCAGGCUUGGGGCACUUUUUGGCAGUUGCUUGUUGCCUUGUUGCAAAAGACAACAGAAUCGUGUUGUUUAAGUGAAAAGAGCAAAACAAUAAGUGUCACAUUGCUGCUAUAUGCAACAAAGAAACCUGUUUGAUGUUUUCUGCAAUCUGCCAUAAAUGUGAAAGCAUGUCCAAUGUAAUACAUCAGUCUUUUUUUUAUUCAACAUUGUACUCUACUACCCUCUAGUGGUUUCGCAAUGACAAGUUUUCAACAUGUUGAACUGUCCUAAAUCUUUUUUUUUAAACUUUAUUUUACUUUACUGAGACCACUGAUUUACUCCAGAAUGUCUGUUACUAGCAACAGGCUUACUAAAUAUGCAUUUAUGUUUCUGAUACUAAAGAAUUGCAGUAAUUAUCAAAUUAACUCUUGAAGCAAUUUAUUUAUAUUGCUUUCUUCAUGUGAUUUGUUAAUUAUAUCAUUAGAAAUAAGAAAACCAUUUUUUUUAAUAUGCUGUCUUCAAUACUGACUGAAGGAAUCAUUGUAUCUUGAUGCUAUGAUGGAGAUCAGCUCUAUCCACCUGAUAGUGAAAGAGCAGCAUAUCUUACAGAUUACUGUGUCCACAUUCAGGCCUUUUAUUAUGUUUCUGUUUUUAGUUGACAGAGAGAGUAUAUAUACACAUAUUCAUGUAUGUGUGUAUGUGUGUGUGUCUGUGUGCGUGCGUGUAUGAACUUUAUUUGACAGAAAAAUAUCUUACUUUGAUGCUACUGCCACGAAGUCAUCAAUGACUAUCAAAUAUGGAUUUUGCAAACAAACAAGAGUCCAAGUAUAAAAGCAUUCCACACUUCUCUGUUCACUCAAUGUGUAUUUAGUUGUACCACUGGGGUAUUUUUUUGGUGAUAGAUGUGACUUAAAUGCAAACACCUGAAGUGCAGUAUGUGGAUUAAAGUUUCUUGAAUUUGCUCCAUGAAUUGUCGCCUGACGUUCUUU